ACGCCCCCGCGGCAACUAUAUAUCGGAGCCGGCCGGCCAGCGAGGCAGCAACCGCCGCUCCGCCUUCUUCCGCGGCCCAUGCUCCUCCGUAUCGCGAGCACCAGGCCCGCCUCCCUCUCUCUGAACCCACCCCGCGCGUCCGCCUCCUCCUCCGGGGUGAAAAACAGGUGAUGGGAAGUGAAGCAUUUGAUUUGAAUGAGGCACCACAUGAAAAUCGAGGUCGCAACUUGAACUAUGUGUUUCUGCAAAAGGAUUCUAAGAACAUAUGCCGCACCAAAGUUUGUGAUCUUCCCAUAGAAGUGCCCUGCAUUUGGUCGAUUAUUAAAUUUGUACCAAGUAAUGUAUACCAGCGGAGUGGUUUCCCGAAAUAUUCACUGCUUCCUGAUCCGGAAGAUUGCCACCAGGAUUCUGAAUGGGGAAGGUUCACGCGCUACCUUUGGGACCGCAAAAAGGCUGCUAUUGUUAGAUUCGGGACCUCAACCUUCUACAUUCUUGCUCCGCAAUCUGAUGAACGCCCUAACUUUUCGCAUGCGGUGAUCAUGUAUGAACAUGAACAAAAUGGUCCAGAAGACUGUAAACAGAUGGAAGGAACAUCUGAGAGACAUGUGGAUAACCCUGUCGCAAAUGUUUCAAAGAGGUCCUGCAAAAGUGAAUCGCAAUAUGGCUCCAGGAGCCAUAAGCCAUAUUUUAAUGAGGAAAUUUGUGAUAAUGGACCAAACCCCAAGGAGAUGGACAGUUCAUGCAAACCUCAUAAUCCGCAUGUCAGAGAAUUCCAUAGAUCAGUUCCAGAAUCCUCACCAUGCGAAUCUUCUGAAGAUGGUCCUAGAGUUUUCGAUCCAGUAGUAAAAAAGAGAACACCUAUUCCUACAAAAAAAUUCGCCAGUGCAGACCCUAGCUAUCUGCGGACACUUAGUCAGACACAUGCUGGCUGGAUCUUUGGAGCAAUAGCAGAGCUCAUUGACAACUCCAGGGAUGCUGGUGCAUCUAGGUUGAAUAUUUCCAUUGAAUCUAUGUUUUCAAAGAAAGCAGAAAGAAAAAUUCCUGUCUUAUCUGUAAUGGAUGAUGGACAUGGAAUGAGUUAUGUUGAUAUGAUGAGAAUGAUCUCUUUUGGUCACAAACGACCAAAUGAACAUUGCCAGGAUCAGAUUGGGAGAUUUGGAAUUGGAUUCAAGACUGGUGCUAUGAAACUUGGAAAGGAUGCAAUUGUGCUUACCCAAAAUUCGUCCUCUAGAUCAGUGGCCUUUCUGUCUCAGUCUUUUAAUGAAAAAAAGGAUAAUCUUGAGAUCCCUGUGGUGACAUAUCAUAAGGAAGGGCAAUACAUGGAAGUUGAUUUGAGUGUCCAGUCUGAAGCUACUGCAGAAUAUAACCUGAAUGCUAUUAAGGAGUUUUCUCCCUUUAACGAGUAUUUCAUUGGAGAAAAGUUAGGGCUGUUUGGUGAAGAUCGUACUGGAACUCAAAUUUAUAUAUGGAAUUUAGAUAAAUGGGGUACAAAUUACACCUUGGAGUGGCAUUCUGGGAAGUCUUCUGAAAAUCCUGUGCACAAUGGUUGUGGAGAUAUAUUAAUCCGUUCGAGAAGAGUCAGAUCACGUCCAGGACAGACAAGUAACAAGGUGCCAUUGGACUAUUCUCUUCAAUCCUAUUUGGAAGUUAUGUUCCUGAAUCCUCGGAUGAAGAUCUUUGUCCAAGGGUCUUUGGUCAAAAGCUGCCCGUUGGCAAAGACCCUUAACAAGACUUCUGUCACGUCUGGUGAAAUUAUGGGAAGGACAAUUCAAUUAACUCUGGGAAGAAGCAAUCUAGAAUGGUACAGGAUGAACUGUGGGGUUUUCUUGUAUUGGCACGGUCGUCUUGUAGAGUCUUACAAAAGAGUUGGAGGCCAGAAGCAUAAUGCUGACAUGGGACGUGGAGUAAUAGGAGUUGCUGAUAUUACAGCUCUUAUUGAUGAUGAAGAUGGCAAUACAUGGGUUCUUAACAACAAACAAGGAUUUCAAGACUGUGAAAUGUAUGCCAAACUGGAGGAGUGGCUUGGUCGGAAAGUGGAUGAAUACUGGGAUACACAUUUUGACAGUCUUGAAUUGAGAAAAGGGGAUGAGCAGUGCAAGGCUGAUCAUGACUGGGUUCAGUGCUAUAGUUGUCGUAAAUGGAGAAUGUUGAAUGCAGGCUUCAAUACAGAGACUCUUCCGGAUGAAUGGUUUUGCUACAUGCCACCCUUCAAUGGGAAAUGUGAGGUUCCAGAGCAACAAAUGGGGCGUGGUGUCAUCGUGAUAGGUGAGAAGAGAUCUGAUCACGAUGAACAAAAUAGGGUUGCCCAGCAAGUAGAGACACCAAAGAAGGAAAUGAAGUCUGAUAAUAUUGAGAACCAAAGGACUACUCAAGAUGAAGAUGUGAAGAAUGUCCAGGUAAUCCCAGCGAUUGUCAACAAGCGAAAGAAAUCUUCAGGCACGCCACCAAAGCAUAAGAACAUCAGCGAUGAUGAUCUUGAUGGUGCCGCCUCACAAUCUGAGGAUAUUGCACCUCCCCCUACUUUAAAGAGGCUACGGAGGGGACCUGCAAAGUAUAGUAAGCAGUGACGGAGAACGGAAAUGCAUGACCUUGUGCCUCUGGUUUUUCUCCGCAGCUGGUAUAAUGCUUUGUUUGGAAGCUGAUGCAUGAUGCCUUCUUUAAAUGCACUAUUGAGGAGCGCUGCAGCAGUAUGAUCCCCACGUUUGUGUAAUCAAAUUCCGAUCACCUACUGGCCUGCUUGUUUGUAAAUAUAAUGGAUUAGUCAUUUGUGUGUAAGUAUGGGCUUCUCGCUCGCAAAAUAUUGCAGUUUUCAGCCUCAGGCGGUAAAAUGUGUGUAGCUGGUCUGUGAAACCUGCAAUGUUGGAUCGGAUGCUUCGAGGCAAAGCGAAUUAUAUUGGUGUCCAGACUGCAGUGUGCUCUCUUCUCUGGUAGGACCAUGGAAACUUUUUCACGUUCAUGCCGGUCGUUCCAUUGUCGUUUGCUGCUUAUGCAAAUGAUGGGCUCCAGGGCUUUCUCAUACG